UAUAGACUAUCACCAUACGAUGAACAGCAGCCCACGACAGGCUGACCAAACAGACUAGCGCCGCUAGCGCUAAUUGCUGGACAUAGUCAGAAUCAUGGACAUGUGACUAGUAGCGCCGCCAGUGACAGCUUCGGCUAAGCCAUUCACUAUCCUUUUUCUCACCGUAGGAGCUUAUGCUGACAUACGCGAUGACGUCGGCAAAAAGAGCACGGUUUAAAUCAGAGGCUGAAUACGCACAGAACCGUGCAGCUGAUUUUGCAGCACAGGGAGACCUUUAAGGCGAUGCGCGCGAGUAGCUCGGCUUGUAAAGAGCGAGAUGUGUUGUUUAUUGUAACAAAAACGCUGAGAAAGACCUGUAGUCACGAGCGAAUUGGGUGGUGGUAUACCAGUUGUGUUGUGCUUCGGGUAAUAUCUCUAUAUAAGCGACAUUUAGCGCUGUGCACUUCACUCAAGAUGCACAUAGUAAUACACAGUAAUCACAGCAAAUAAUAUAAAAUUAAGCGAAGGAUGCAACCUUCUUCACAUUAGCUGUUAUAGGGGUGCAAUUCAACAGUGGUAAAGUCUAGCAUGGGCUUCAUAAGAACUGUAUAAAAAGGUCAGGCUGGUAGGUUUGGAACGAAUACGUUACACUCAAGCAAUUGUUUCUAGUCCUGCAAAGCAGCGGUGUCUGGCAGAAGAACAGCGUUGACUCUGAAUCUGAACUAGUGGCAUAGUGCUGUUGGCAACGGAACGAACGCUGAUAGUGGCGUCGCUCAAAGAAGAUGGCUCGAGGAGCCGGAGGACGACGAGUGCAGGUGUCGUCAUGUAAAAGUGAAGAGCCUCCAGGGCCGCCCCCUCUACCAAGACAUCUGCCGAGGCCGGCUGUCAGUACACCAUCGCCUCUUCGUUUCCAGCUGUCCGCAAGCAUGUUCGCUCUAAUCUGCCUUGCAGCGCAAUACGUGAAUCUCUAUCAUACCGUGUGGUGGCUCCCGUUGUCCCAACAACAUCACGCAGUCAACUAUCAGUUGAUCUGUCGACCGACGGCUAUGUUUAUUUGCGCAAUCCUAUGCCGACGUCUCCCCUGCGCAUUGCUGGCGCGCGUAAAGCCGAGGGAAGCGGGCGUGGUUUACCUAUUACCCGUUCUUGGCAUUGCGACAUUUCAGAUCUGUCGUUCCUAUGGCUUGUUAUCACUAGUAUUUUUACUCUAUCCGAGUCUUAUAUACUGCGGCGUGUUCGGCUUCACGUGGACGCCACUCAUGUCACCUACAGGAUGCAGUGAUGAUCCUCCAGAUCAUCUGUCGUGCCUCGCCGCAAAACCAACAGACAUCCGACAAGAAGCAGCUAAUUUUCGAACAGACUUCAAUACUCGUUUGAAAUUAGUCCUAUUUGACUCACUUCUAGUCUACUAUUAUGCGUCAUUUGAGCCUUGCGCGUUGAUGUCGUUUCAUCUUCAUGUGGACUUCUGUGCUUUAUUCGCCCACGGAUGGGCCACCUGGCUUGGGGCAUUAUCGCUAUAUGCAAAUUACUAUUUUGACCCUGUUUAUAUUGACGCAGUCCAUAGGUGCGCGGUGCAUCUCGGUAGGUGGCAGCGCGUGGAGCCCCGACAUGCUCCGCACCAUCUAUGGUCUGAUCAUUGUUUCUGGCCGCAGAACAAUCUAGUAAAGGUGCGAACAAAAGAGUACUUCCGUGCGGAAGCUGUCUGCAACGCUGCCGAGCCGGGCAACGUGUCCCAUCUCCGGCUAUACGCACUGUUCUCGCAACCUCAACAGCUGACGCGAGUUCUCAUGUUACUCAUUAUACUUCAGAUUAGCAGUCAGUUGUGGAUGUUGGUGACGGCGCGCUAUUGGCAGCAUAGCGUAGUGGCUGUUCUGCUGCUGUUAGCGGGGAGCUCGAGUCUUUUUCGGACUGUGCGCCAGCAUCUCAUUACGAAGAAACUGUACAUGGCCGAGAGGGAUCUUCAGGAAAACUCUCAGUUCAAAUGAGCCUUCAGCACCACCGCACAAUGCCAGCGGCAAAAACUUAACCUGGAUAGAAACAAUUAUCAGAGAUCAACAACGAAAAAGAUUCGCCAUUUUGACAAUACUGCCUAUCAGUAGCUAAACCAUGCUAAAUGGCAGCUAUGUUUUUCUUUAAAUCCGCAUGUUGAAUUGUGCUCUUUAAAAUCGGAAGUCUAUGGGAGCUCAAUUGAAAUGUCACAUAAUAAUAUAAAAUUCAAAGAGAAACAAUCAAUGGCGUUAAAAAAAGGGAUAUAACUAUUCUUGUAAUAGAUCCCCAUUUAACAAGCGGCUAUAUUGUAAAAGUUACUACAGAUCUAGCAGUAAUUUACCUGUUUUAGGCGAGCGCUACUUACAAGACGGCGGCGCGCUAGCCUACCGACAGACUACCUACUUUUGCCGUUCCUUUCGCAAUAGUUUAACUAGAAAAGCCCGCCAGGAAGUUGACCACCUCAAGCUUACGUCAAGUUCCACACCAUAAAUUAAAAGAGUACGGGGUAGCUAUGCCAGAAAUAUCAAAGCGAUCUUAAAUUUAAGUAAGGCCCACAAAUAAAUGAUUAAGUCCCUAGAUUUGUGUGCUAAUACAUAAAUAACAACAUGGUACUGAUGUUGUAUUAUUAAAGCUAGGUAUUUAUAUUACCGGUAGUUGAGUGCGGGGUAUGUGUAACUAGGAUUGAGAAUUCGUGUCUAAUAGUCAGUUGUAUAGUAAUUGAUAGUUAGACAUUCAUAUGGGCUCCGGGUUGAGUGCGAACGAUGAGCGCCUGAGUAUUUAGGGUAAACAAAUAAAAUAUGUAAGGUAUAUAUUAACUGAUUCGGAAAAAAAGGGCACAAAAGUAUAUCCCUGUGCGGUUGAGAACUAUCCCGAGUGGUAUAGGCGUUCGUGCAUCCUUUAUCGAAUAUGUGUACAUAAUGUUUCUGUUUCCUUUAAUUUUGGAAAUGAUGACCAAAGCAAUGAGUCAAAAUAGACGAAGUGGGUUAGACAUGAACAUAUAUAAAUUAAUGUUGUAAAAGACAGAGUCGAACAAAGUGUAAAAGCUGCCAGUGUGUAUACUACUGUAUCUCAAAAAGAAAACAAAACAAAGUGUUUAUUUUUUGCUGUAGAUGAGAAUCAAUAAAGCCAUUCUUUG